AUGUAUCUAUCUAUCUAUCUAUCCCAGUCUGUUCAUUUAUAUCGAGGUGUUACAAUUAGUGCCUUGGAGGCCAAUAUGUCCUCCACAGAACGUCUCCAUUCUGCCCUGUCCACAGCUGCUGCUCUCACCUCACUCCAGGAUCAUCAGCCCAUCAUUUCCUUCUCCACAGUCCUUCACCAUGUCAUUCUUUGUCUUUCCCUUUUCUCACCCUUAAGGGCCCAGUAUCAGUUCAAUAGACCAAAAUCAACACGUUAUCUGACAACAGAUCUAUCAGCUCGUGAUGUACAACUUCUUCAGAAAUCUGUGGCUGACUGUGUUCCUCGACUACCUGCUGUUACUGUACUGCAGUUGUACAAAAACGAUGGUCCUCCAUCACUGGUUGUAAGGAAACUAAGCAUGGGUUGUCAUUUACUUGACAAGGCAUUGAAAGGUGGCAUAAUAUCUCGGGGUAUCACAGAAAUUGCUGGGGAAAGUGCAAGUGGCAAAACACAAUUUUGCUUACAGCUCAGUCUUACAGUUCAAUUACCAGAAGAAAAUGGAGGUUUAGCAGGAGGUUAG